CAGGGCUACGGGACUUCCCACACUGCCGCGCCCCGUGACCGUCCUCUAGUGGCCAGGCGCGCUCCCGGGCCCGCCCGCGGGUUCACGAGAGCUGGAGCGCCCCGCGCUUCCGUAUGGGCAGCGCGCGCUGGGCCUUCCCCUGCGCCGCCUGGGCCCCGCGCCGGGAUGAGUGGCUGCUGGCCGCGCGCCUGGUGCAGCCCGAGGAGAAGGACCGCGUCCGCCAGUUCGUCUUUGCCCGGGAUGCCAAGGCUGCCAUGGCUGGUCGUCUGCUGAUAAGAAAAUUAAUUGCAGAAAAACUGCGAAUACCUUGGAAUGAAAUACACUUGCAAAGGACAUCAAAAGGAAAACCCUUCCUGGUGAAUGACAUACUUGAUAUCCAUCCCAAUUUCAAUUUUAAUGUCUCUCAUCAAGGGGAUUAUGCAGUUCUUGCAGCUGAGCCUGAGCUUCAAGUUGGCAUUGAUAUAAUGAAGACUAAUUUGCCAGGUAAUGUAUUACUGUUACCAAAGACAUUUUAGACUCUAACUAUUGAGUAUUUUAAGGUUUCCAUAAAGGUCAACCAAAGUCCUUGUAAUUUAGUGUUAUUAAAAUAGUUAGCCAGCACUUCUGAUUUUUUUUAAACCAUUGAUUGAAUUUAUUUGCUUAUUUAUUGUUGUAAAGUCUCUGAGGUAUAUAUUGGACUUCUUUGUUGCAUUUCUGAUUGUGGAUCUUUCUGUUUAUCUUUCCAAGUUUGAAAUACAACCAUGGGUCAGUAAGGCCUUGGUCCUGCAAUUAAAUCAGUAGGGGCAGGCAUCUGCAGAAAUCUCAUUGCAGGAUUGGACCCUAGAAGAUUUUUAGAAUGCUAAGCCUCACAGAAGCUUCCAGUUAGCUCACUCAUUGGCAUAAAUCUGAACAAUAACUGGGUUGUAGAUUAAUGAAAUGCAGUACAAAACACUGUAAAAGGAAACUGUCUCAAAUGCAUUCCAAAAAAAAUGCAAUUUUACGAAGAGCACUUCAUAAAGAUAGCUCAGCUUUCAACAUGACGGGAGUAAAGGAGCAAGAUACUGGAAUUUAUACCAGCAUGUUGUUUUUCUGGCAUUUAUUCCCACUAUACUAAAAACUUCUUCAGAAAAUUUACAAGCAUAACAAAAAUAAUCUGAAACUAUGGAAAUCUUGUAUCAUAUCUUGUGAAGAAAGUUUUUUUCUGCAGUUUCUCCACAAUCUUCAGUUUGUCCAGUAUUCUGUGUGUCAAGAAAUAAAAAAUAAUGGUAACUUAGGUACAAGUGAUCAUGACAUGAUCACGUUUAUAAUAUGUUAACAGAAUAAAGUUCAGACCAGUAAAGCGUAUAUACUCACACUCAUAGAUGGU